AUGAAGCUUAAAUUAAAUUUCGGAAAAAAGAAAAGAGGAUUUGACUAUUCCAUAAUUGAGGGUGGCAAAAAUAUACUAAAUAAAAUUUUUGGAACUGGUGUUGAAAAAUAUUUUAAAAUAGUUAACCUUUUAGUUAUUGCAAUAUUUGUUACAGUUUUGAAUUAUAUAUACUCCUUUGAUGUAAAAAAUGUAAAGAAAAAGGACAAAAAUUUACUCUAUAUGUGCUACGGAUUUCUAGUAUGUCUUGUUGGAUUUGCCAUUAGCAUAAACUGGAUAUAUUUUGAAUAUUCCAAGAAUAAGAAAAAAAAAGGCUCUUCCCUAGAAGUUAAAAGUAAUGAGUGA